CUGCUGAGGUUCCAUUUUGCAUCAACUCUCCUGACUGUUCCUCUCUCUGAGGAAAGGGGGGCUGUGCAACUGUCUACCCGCAUCUCCUUGAUCCUGAAGCAUGUAUCCCCCAGGAUUCAAAUCUUUCUCAGAGUUGGAAAGACUAAUCUGAUGUUUACAGGGUUAACAAACGACAACGGAGCCGAAGGAAGGAGCGCAAACGAGGGACGUCCCUUUCCUGCCUCGCCUCUCUGCGAGAAAUGGAGGCUGGAAGCGCCGGAGGAGCCCCUCUUCGUGCGCAGCGAUGCUGGAUACAUCUGGGGGGUCAAGGCUGAGGGAGAACCAUCUGAAGUAUCACUGGAAAAAGCUGAGGUGCAGGAGCAGAAACUGAGGAGUCAAGAUGGAGCAAAGAGACAAGAGGAGCGACAGACACACACAGGGGACAAACCUCAUAUAUGCUUGGAGUGUGGAAAGUGCUUCAGUCCGAGUGGCCACCUUACUUCACAUCACAGAACUCACACAGGGGACAAACCUUAUGAAUGCUUGGUGUGUGGAAAGAGCUUCAGUGACAGUAGCAUCUUUAACACACAUCAAAGAACUCACAUAGGGGAAAAACCUCAUAAAUGCUUGAAAUGUGAAAAGAGCUUCAGUCAGAGUAGCCACCUUAUUUUGCAUCACAAAACUUACAUGGGAGACAAACCUUAUAAAUGCUUGGAGUGUGGAAAGAGCUUCAGUGGCAGUAGUGCCUUUAGUAAACAUAAAAGAACUCACACAGGGGACAAACCUCAUAAAUGCUUGGAAUGUGGAAAGAGCUUCAGUCAGGGUGGCCACCUUACUUUGCAUCAAAGAAGUCACACAGGGGACAAACCUUAUAAAUGCCUGGAGUGUGGAAAGACCUUCAAUCAGGGUGACCAACUUACUUCGCAUCACAGAUCUCACACAGGGGACAAACCUUAUAAAUGUUUGGAGUGUGGAAAGACCUUCAGGUGGAGUAGCUCCUUUACACAACAUCAAAGAACUCACAAGGGACCAAUGUUAUCGAUGCUUGGAGUGUGGAAAGAGAUUCAGUCAGAGUAGCUACCUUACUUCUCAUCAAAGAAGUGUUACGAUUGCUUGGCUAACCCCAUUUUGGUUCAAGUGGAACCCAGGAGGUGCAAGGCCAGGAACUAUAACUCCCACCCCCA